GCGUAUCGGUGAUUUGGAAUUUUUUUAUAUGGGAAAAAAGGUUGAUGGAAACAGAAAUUUUUUAGGUCUCUCUCUAAUCUAUGUUGUAGCUUUCUCUUUCCUCUCUCCUCUCUCUUUCCAUCUCUCUCACAUCUAGGUUUCUCUCUCCUCUCUCCUCUCUCCUCUCUUAUCUGUCUUUCUCUCUCCUCUCUCUCCAGAAGGGCAAAACCCUAAAGAGCAGUUUUACGUCAACAAGUCCCUGAUUGAGCUUUUUUGCUGCGUGCUGUAUUUUGAAGAUUUUGUUGGUUUUGCUUCCGUGAUCUCUGAGGGGUUUUUGUAGCCGCUGCUAUCAAGAUUUCAAUGCUAUGAGUGGAUCAUUUCCAGACUUAGCCAAAAUUAAAUUUUAAUGGUUGCUUUCUCAAUAUGUAGCUCUUAUGGAUGACGAUGGAUUGAAUAUGCGUAAUUGGGGUUACUAUGAACCAUCCCUCAAAGGGCAUCUAGGUCUGCAGCUCAUGCCAACUGUGGCAGAGCGUGACACAAAAACAUUUCUAUCUGGGCGUGAAAAUGCUGUUAUGAUCAGCACCAAUGGUGCCUUUCAUUCCAGGGACUGCGUGGUUUCAGAGACACCGGUUGUGCCUAUGGACUAUGUGAGGGACAGUUGGGUUAAUCAGAGAGAGAAAUUUCUGAAUAUAAUACCUGGGAAUCAUAAUUAUGCGCUUCUCCCUGAGACAUCUGGUGCUCAUCACAUGCAGAUGCUACCGCCACCUGAUGUGUCAAGGGAUGAUAGGGUUGUUAGAAUGGAAGGUUCAGGUGUGAAAAAGGAAGCUGGACCUUUGAAAAAAAGAACAGGUGGGACUGCCCCAAAGACCCAGAAAACAAAGAAGACAAAGAAAAACCCAGGUGUGCCGAAAGAUAAUUGCAAUGCUUCCAGCCAACGUGUGAAACAGGCGAAAAAGAAUGUUGAUGUUGUCAUAAAUGGCAUUAAUAUGGACAUUUCAGGUAUUCCCAUACCCGUUUGCUCAUGCACUGGAGGCCCUCAGCAGUGUUAUCGCUGGGGCUGUGGUGGCUGGCAAUCAGCUUGCUGCACAACCAGUAUAUCAAUGUAUCCCUUGCCUAUGAGCACCAAGAGACGUGGUGCAAGGAUAGCUGGACGGAAAAUGAGUCAAGGUGCAUUUAAGAAAGUGUUGGAGAGACUUGCUUCAGAUGGUUACAAUUUUUCUAAUCCAAUUGAUUUGAGGACUCACUGGGCAAAGCAUGGUACCAACAAGUUCGUUACAAUCAGGUAGAUUUUCGUUGUGGUAAUGUUUCUUGGGCUCCCAUUGCGUUGGGUCUGUUCUACCUGUAUAUAUUUUUGUGCCCUUCUGCGGAGAUCUUAUGGAUAUUUUGUAGUUCAUGAAUUUUUGGAGUCAUGAAUCAUGCUUUUGAAAUUCAGAAAACUGGGGCUGUCUGGAAUUGUUGUUAUUUUUAUUUUUAUUUUUUGUUCUUGUUUGUGUUUUAAGGGCUAUCAUUAUUUUCUGGCCUCCAUGAUUUAGAAUUGUGGAUGAAUUUUUCAUUUAAUGAAUCUUUUUCAGUUAAUUUUGCUUUGAGUUUUCAAUUGAAGGGGGAAAAAAAGAUUCCGUAGUC